ACUAAACCGGAAGCCGUUUUGUUUAUUCAGCUAGCAGAUGAUAUGCUACAGUGUUAAGCUCUUGCUAUGGUUUAAAACACUUUGUAUUUCAGGAGUUUGUCUCUGUGAAAAGACACUGUGAUACAAAUACCUUUUCGGGAAACGGUCCCGUGUCUAUCGUCGUUAAAAAUCUUUCGUGCUGAUCGUUUCCUCCUGAAGAUGCAGGUGCUACUGCUCCUCGUGCUAACCUGCAGCAUUAAGAGAUGCUGACUUUAUCACAGCUGUCAUCUGCUCCAUUAAUAUGGUGUCUGCCUAAGGGAAGAUAAUGGACAAUGGCAAACCGAGACAAGUGUGUCGGCCCAAGCGGAUCAGCGAAUCCUCCCAGGUGUUCCGCUGCGUGGACCAGGCGGGGGAGGUGCUGCAGGGCCUCAGCCAGCAGCGGGAGCAGCAUCAGCUGUGUGAUGUGGUGCUGCUGGCUGACAGCAGGCGGCUCCCGGCUCACCGGGCCCUGCUGGCCCUCUCCAGCCCCUACUUCCACGCCAUGUUCACUUUGGGCAUGAGGGAGAAAUACCAGGAAGAGGUAGAGCUGGUGGGGAUGUCCUACGUUGGUCUGAAGGCUGUAGUGGACUUCCUUUACAGCGGGGAGCUGCUGCUGGACGGAGGGAACAUUGAAUCUGUGCUGGAGGCGGCCCACCUCCUGCAGGUGUGGCGGGUGGUGGAUCUGUGCUGCCAGUACCUGGAGGGGGGGCUGAGUGAGGAAAACUUCCUGUUCCUGCAGCAGCUGGCUCUGCUCUACAGCCUGGAGCGCCUCGACUCCUGCAUCGACCGCUUCAUCCUCACACACUUCGCCUCGCUCUCCUUCACCCCCAACUUCCUCCAUCACAUUCCUCCACAGAAACUGUCUGCGUACCUCUCCAGCGGACAGGUGCAGCAUGACAGUGAGCAGGCGCUCCUGCAGGCCUCCCUGCAGUGGCUCAGCACCACGCCUGAGCGCACCCCCCAUGCCAGGCAGCUCCUAUCCCACAUCCGCUUCCCCCUGAUGCCGGCGGGGGAGCUGGUGGAGCGGGUGGUGCCGGCACUGCAGGCCCUGCUGACGGAGGAGGCGGGCUGCCAGGCUCUGCUAGAGGAGGCUCUGGGAUAUCACGCCACACCCAGCGCACAACCACUGCUGCAGACAGGUCGCACCCUGCUGAGGGGGGGGGUGGAGCAGCUGCUGCUGAUUGGAGGAGAGGUGUCGGAGCGCGGGGAGGAGCUGAGCGCCAAUGUGUGUCGGCUGGACGGUGGAACAGGAAGUUGGUCGGUGGAGACGGAGCUGCCAGCCCAGCGGAGCCACCACAGCCUGGCGGUGCUGGGGGGCUUCAUCUUCACUGCUGGGGGGAGCUCGUCCAGGGACAGCGGGGGGGAUGCUGCCUGUAACCUGCUGUACAGAUACGACCCCCGCCACAACCAGUGGACCCGGGGAGCUCCAAUGAACGAGCGGCGGGUGGAUUUCUACCUGGGGGCGGUGGGAGAGAGCCUGAUCGCAGUGGGGGGGAGGAAUGACUCUGGAGCUCUGUCUUCUGUGGAGGUGUACUGUCCCGCCCAGGACUGCUGGUCCUACGUGGCACCACUGCCCAGGUUCACCUACGGCCACGCGGGGACGGUCCACAAAGGUGUGGUCUACAUCUCAGGAGGUCACGACUUUCAGAUCGGCCCGUACCGCCGAGAUGUCCUGAGCUACGACCCAUCCCGGGACAGCGAGGUGUGGUUGGAGCAGCAGGCCAUGAACCUGGCGCGGGGCUGGCACUGCAUGGCCUCCCUCAAACACCUCAUCUACGCCAUUGGGGGCAGCGACGACGACGAAGACACCACGGAGCGCUUCGACAUCCUGCAGGUGGAGUCCUAUGACCCCGGCAGCGGACAGUGGACCCGCCUGGCUCAGCUGCUGCUGCCCAACAGCGAGGCGGGGGUGUCCGUGUGGGCGGGGAGGAUCUACGUGCUGGGGGGCUACAGCUGGGAGAGCAUGGCGUUCUCCAGAGCCACGCAGGUGUACGACCCCGACAAGGACGCGUGGACCAGAGGACCCGACCUGCCCAAAUGCGUCGCAGGAGCCUCAGCGUGUGUGUGCACUGUGAAGCCCUCACCCCCCUCACUCUCUCUGGGGGAGAAGAACACGGAACAAGGGGGAAAAGGAGCAUUACACCCCACGUGACAACAGUGUUGAAGGAAUGGCUCAUAAAAGGCCUGGGCUGAGACAGACUGUGGUUACUGUGGUGUCAGCACAAAACCAUUAACCAUGUUAUACACCCUUAUAUAAUGAUAAUACUUUUUAUUAUUAUUAUUUAUUUAUUUAUAGGAGCAUCUCUAGACAGAGUAACUGCUUUACAUGGAUUAAAAACAAGCCAUUCAGGCGGCGACAGAACUGUCGGCAAUCCCCACCUCCGCCCUGUAAAAUAUACAGCGUUUCAACAAUAGCGACAAAAAUAACAUGGAGAAAAGAAAGUAAAAAAAUCAAACAUUGACAUUAAGUAAACCCAAAUGGUGGCAUCAUUAGUUAAAUGCUUUAAUAAAAAUAUGGGUUUUAAGAAGUGAUUUAAAAGGUGACUCUCCCAGCCUCGGAUUCUCAUACAGGGAGUUCCAGAGAUGCGGAGCUCUGACGGAAAAGCCUUGAGCACCCAGUUAAAAAACAGGUUUUUUUACCUGGUUUUGGGAACAGCCAGCAGAGGCUCAAAAGAGCACAAGUCAGUGAGGUUAUCAGGAGCCACACCGUUAAGAGCUUUAAAAGUAAUCACUAAAAUCUUUGAAUCAAUUCUAAAGCAGACGGGUAGCCAGUGAAGAGAUUAAAACAGGGGUGAGGUGGUCUAGCCUUCUGGGAUUUGUGAAGAGAAUUGCUGCAAAAGAUGAAGGCACCAUAUUGAUUUUUGGUUUAGUCCAGAAUAUGAGUUACAGUAAUCCAGACAUGAAGAAAUAAGAGCGUGGAUGACUGUCUCCAAAUCAGUACUGUAUCACAGAUCUUUUGCCCAUAAACUGGAGAGAGUUUUGGGACAUCCAGCACUUGUGAUAUGCAAUGUUGUGUUUUUGUUUGAUAUGAUCGAGUGGCUUUUAGGCUGUAAACAAUGCCUCAAACUGCCUGUUUUCAUCAGUUACUGCAGUGAAUAUACUCUGAAAAUGCGUUCAAACAUAAACAUGGUUGUCUAUAAGUGGGGGUGUAGUAUCUGAUGGAUGAACAUAGGGUUACUCAUUCAUUUCACCAUAAAGUUGCCUGAAACACUCAAAACUCAAUCAAAGUGGGGAUCAGCAGUUUGAUAUGUACAAAUGAUGCCUAGUAUGGAGGAUAUCAGAAGGCCCUGAGGCAAUCCCAUGUAAAACACAAUAUCUUUGACCCGAACACAACAGGAGGGUUAAUAUAUUUUGUUAUGUCCCCAGACGGGUAACAACAUUUUUUUCCUCAGACCCCCCCUGAGGUCAGAUACGAUGUCAGGUAGUCAACCAUUACCCUCACUCCAGCUCUAAGGUCUGUUACUGUAUGUGAUACAAAUAUAAUGUGCGCAGUAUUUGUAAAGUGUGUGUUUGUAGAGUCAAUUAUUUUUGUCUUUCAAAUUGCUUUCAAUUUAAAAAAAAUAUAUCUGACUGUAAAGACAACGUAUUUUAUUCAAAACACGGAACAGAAGUAAUCACUUCACU